AGUUUCUCCCUUUAGAUUAACCAAUUAAGUGUUUUAUUUAUAAUUAAAGAGAAAUUUAUUGUCAAGUGUUAAUUACUCUUAAAUAGAUAUAAUUUAAGUGGAAAUCACUUUUAAACUUAACCCGAAAAGUGAGUGUAAAGUUAACCAGCAUGGCAACAACAAGAUGUGAACCCACCGAGGAUUCUGGAUGUGUAGAUACGUUGACUGAGGUUAAAGAAAGUGUUUCCAAUUUAUUACCCAAAAGAGUUACAGUUAGAAUUGGGAGUGUCGAUGAUUCCGUUAUUUAUUAUGAUCAAAAUAAGUCAACAGUUUAUGAUUACCUAGCGAGUUCAUUUAAUUCAACUUCCGGUGCGAUAAUAAGAUCAAAUUCGUUUACACACCAAGAUGUUGGUCGUCAUAGGAAAAAUAUUCAAGCCUCAUUUGCUUCCGGAUUAGUGACCAAUGAAGAGGAUGAAGAUUUGUUACCAUUUCAAGGAGCUCGUCGUCUCUCAAAAUCUUUACCUGAAUUAAAUCAGUUACGUAUUUUACCUCAUUUUGUGGAAGCCGCUAAUCAAUACAAUGUGAUAUUUGAAUCAGAUCAAGAUGAAGAUGAAGAGCAUAAUAUAAGCUCAUGUAUUGCCACCGAUACCGAUUUUCAACCAGCCUGGUCAUCAAAAUCAGACUUUUUCCUUAGUAUUUUAGGAUUUUCUCUGGCAAUUAAUACAUUCUGGCGAUUUCCAUACUAUGCUUACAUUAAUGACGGAGGUUCCUUUCUCAUGGCUUACACUUUUUUAAUGAUAUUCAUUGGACUACCAUUACUUUGUAUGGAUUAUGCCAUUGGUCAACUUACCCAUCGUAAUUUAAUUGUAUUUGCUCAUCUCUGCCCUUUAACCAAAGGAAUCGUCAUCUCUUUAGCUUUAACGACAAGCAUUUUAAUACCACUUUACAGCACAAUCAAUACCUGGUCAAUGUUAUAUUUUUUCAAAUCAUUUCAUCAAAUUGCCCCCUGGUCAAGGUGCACAAACAAAUGGAACACAGAACCAUGUCAACUUAAUGAUAGACCCAAUCAAUUAAUCACAUCAUCACCUGUUAAUAGUUAUCAACAAAAUAUCACCAAAUCAAUGGUUAAUCAUUUAACCAAUCCAAUAGUUAACAUUAUCAAUAGCACAAGGAACAAUUCAUUCUCAUCUUUAAUUACUGAAAAUCAUUUUUCAUCCUCAAUGAUAAACAAUACCACUAAUCAAACAUCACCAUCAACAAUCAUUCAAUCAUCAACCAUAAGUCCAAAUGAAUCUUCAAUGGUUCAUACAAUUAGUUUAUCCUUUUCAGUAUCACCAUCAUCUUCAUCUCCAUCCUCAUAUUUAUCAUCAUCAUCAUCAUCAUCAAUCAUUUCAUCACAAUAUGCAUCACAACAAUUCUUUGAUAAUCGUUUAUUACAUUUUGAUAACAAUGUUUCUCUUCUUGGUGGAAUUCGUUGGGAUUUAGCUAUUUGUCUCUUUUUCAUUUGGUUAAUUGUCUUCAUUUCUCUUCGUAAACCUGUCGUAUUCUCGUCCAAUCCAACAUUCUGCUUGGCGAUUGUCCCCUCAACAGUAUUCACCAUACUCUUUUUUAAAGCGAUCUUCUUACCUGGAGCCCAAAAGGGUUUAGUUUACUUUUUUAAACCAACUUGGGAGGGACUUUGUCAACCAGAAAUUUGGUUAUAUGCAUCAGGAUUUACGAUUCACUCUUUGGGUUCUAUUACUGGUCUUAGUUUGCGAAUGGCAAAAUAUCAUCGAAAUCGUAAUAAUCUAAUGAGAGAUGCAAUUCUUACCUGUUCAAUUAACUUUCUAGUCAUUUAUGCAAUUGGGUCAAUCUAUUUUUCAACAAUUGGUCAUUUAGCUUAUAAACGACAAAUGGAUAUAACACAAGUGGUAACCAAAGAACCUGGUUUAGCUUUCGUAGUUAUAUCUGAACUUUUAUCACUAAUGCCGAUGAGAACUUUGUGGUCUUGUUUCUUUUUCUUCCUCAUAUUUUGUCUUGGAAUAGAUUAUCAGAUCGCAAUCGUGGCCACAGUAGUUGAUUGUAUCAAAGAUAUUUGGAGAUCACAGUUUUCCAGUAAAAUCUCCCAUCAACUUGUAGUCUUUUGCGUUCCAUGUGUUUUCUUCUGUUUAAGUUUACUCUUUAUCCAACAGAAAGGAAUCGUUUUCAUCCGAGUCACUGAACAUUACAUAACCGUAAUACUAUCAACAAUUUUGGCCUUACUCGAAGUCUUAGUAGUUAGUAAUUUCUAUGGAGCAAGAAACAUGGUUAAUGCAAUAAGACUGAUCACUUAUAAAGCUCCUGGAUUUUAUUUUUCAUUUUGUUGGAAGUUUGUUACUCCUUGUACUUUAUUGAUUAUUUUAAUGUGUAACUUGUAUUACUUUGAGGAGAUCAAUUUUCGAGGAAUCAAAGAUUCAUUUACUGUUGAUCUUUUGGGUCCAUUCAUCGCAAUGAUUGUUUUACUUCCUAUUCCGUUACUUGCUUGUCAUGAAUUAAGAAGGAAAGAAAAUGAUUCCUCUGGAUUCUUCAAGCGUUUAAGUCUGGCUUUCCAACCAAUUAACGAUCCAAUAAGUGAAAUGAAACGAGAAAAUAUCGGACACAAGAGACACAAUUCAUCUGAAGAAGUUAUUAAUUCAAGAGGAAACCUUUCCUGUGAUAUAGUUAAUCCAGUAAUUAGUAGUUAUCCAUUGUUACAGAAUUUAAAUCGUGAAACAACUGUUUGAACAAUUGACGGAUAGAAACAGUAUUUACUUUUUUUCUGAGAAAACCAAAAGAAAUCUAUUGAUUCAAAUCGUUUUUCUCCUCAAAAUUUGCUCUCUUUCCCUUUUCUUUAUUAAUCAAACUCAAUCACUGGUCAAAUUUAAUUCAAUUUUUCUUGUAUUUUGAUCAUUUUUAUUAAAUGUUUUAAAUAUUUUGUAAA